GCAUCCUUCAACCCCAACUAUAUAAACAUAGCGACGCCGAAUCCCAGAGAUCUUUCUUUGUUUGGAAACAAAAAAAAAUGCAGAUAUUCGUCAAAACCCUAACCGGGAAAACAAUCACUCUCGAAGUCGAGAGCAGUGACACUAUCGACAAUGUCAAGGCCAAGAUCCAAGACAAAGAAGGAAUUCCACCUGAUCAGCAGCGAUUAAUCUUCGCUGGAAAGCAACUCGAAGAUGGCAGGACUUUGGCUGAUUACAAUAUCCAGAAAGAAUCGACUCUUCAUCUUGUGCUGAGGCUCAGAGGAGGAAUUAUAGAGCCAUCUCUCAUGGCUUUGGCUCGCAAAUACAAUCAAGAGAAAAUGAUUUGCCGCAAGUGUUAUGCUCGUCUGCAUCCGAGGGCUGUUAACUGCAGGAAGAAGAAAUGUGGGCAUAGCAAUCAGUUGAGGCCCAAGAAGAAGGUCAAGUAGACUCUGGCUGAGAUUUGUCAUUUACAUUUCUUGGUGUUAUCUGUGAACUGUAUUGGACCAUGCUCCUUUUUGUUAACUUUUUUUACUUUAACUGGUGGUAAAUUUUGGUUGAAUGCUAUUGAAUGAUAAAAACUUAAUUUUACUGGUAUUGUAGGAACCAUACACAAUAUAUCGCUAGCUCAAUAGAACCAAUUGAUCUGUGUAUGAUUACAAAUUGAGAGAAAUUGUAAAAUUUCCAAAUUAUAUUCAGGUAUUUACUA